AACCACCACACACCACAACACAAUGGGCGGAACAGCCUGGGUCCUCCGCGACAUCCGCAAGCGCGUCUCGGCCGACAAGUGGGAAGUCCAGCGCCGCGCCUUCCUCGCCGUCGCGCGCAACACGACGCUGCCGAGCCAGGUGCGCCUCAAGGCGCAGCUCGCGUUGAACGGCCUGAAUGGCGGAGAGGGGCGUAUGGGCGCCGUCAAGAACCGCUGUGUCGAGACUGGUCGUGGACGAGGUAUCCUUUCCAAGUACGGCCUGUGCCGCUUUCAGUUCCGCCUCGCUGCCAUGGAGGGCGAGCUUCCCGGCGUCAGGCAGUCGUCGUGGUAAUCGAUGGACGACGACCAGCGACAAGACGCGACACGCCUCGACAAGGCGACUGGCCACCGGCCACACUUUGCAUUUUGCAUCUGAUGCAUUCAUACCC